CACGGUCUAUACAUCCAUUAAUUUAAAAGAUGCAAUCAUAAGUCGAGGAAUCCAUUUUUUAAAUUACAUUUUAAAGAUAUUAUUUUUGAGGAAGGUGGGCGGGACAAAGCCUGACAAAUCAAAUUGAGGCAGUAAACGCACCACGACGUCAAAAUAUUGGAUAAACGUCUACAUCCGCCGAAGGCAGCCCUGCACCCAGGAUCUGAGUACAACACGAGAAAAAACAAGUUGUCUUUGUAGUAUUUCAUAAAAGAAUACUGUCAUUGCUUGCCGCUACGUACCAGAAUGAACGUGGGUGUGGCUCAUAGUGAGGUGAACCCCAAUACUCGAGUAAUGAACAGCCGGGGGAUCUGGCUGACCUAUGCGCUGGGCGUUGGAGUUCUUCACAUCGUUCUCUUGAGCAUACCCUUCUUCAGUGUUCCUGUAGUGUGGACUUUAACCAACGUUAUACACAAUUUUGGAAUGUAUGUCUUUAUGCAUGCUGUGAAAGGUACACCUUUUGAGACUCCAGAUCAGGGGAAAGCCAGGCUUCUCACCCAUUGGGAGCAGCUUGAUUACGGCGUGCAGUUCACCUCGUCUCGAAAGUUUUUCACCAUUUCGCCAAUUAUUCUAUACUUCCUUGCAAGUUUCUACACAAAGUACGACACAACGCACUUUGUCAUCAACACUGCCUCACUUUUAAGUGUCUUGAUCCCCAAGCUGCCGCAGCUGCACGGAGUGAGGAUUUUUGGCAUCAAUAAGUAUUAAGCUAUUGUGAAUGCUGUGCCUCUCAGCAGUAGAAGCUUGUUCCUGUGUCGUCUGUACCGCUGAUUAGUGUGUAAGGACAGCCAGAUACUUCAGGUUUAAAGAAAACACAGGAGUACUUUGUAUUUGACAGAAUGCCACAAGCAUUACUAACUUAUGUGAAUAUUUAAUUACUUUUUUUGGCCUGCCUACAUCUGGGCUGGCCCAGGUGCUGGUGAGGACUUUAGUUUAAUUCUUUAUUUUUCUUUCCUCUGUCUUUAUGUUCACAUAGUGACUCAAAAUUGUGAAAUGUAGUCACUCAGAUGUUCCAAUGUAUUUUUCAAAGAAGUUUACUUUGUAACGGUAUGGGCCCGUGGCUCCCUGUUUAUUGGUACACUCAUUAGGUAAUGGGUGCCAAAUGUUUAGCUAAGUCAGGAAUAUAAUCAUCCUCCUUAUUUGCAUGAUUCUCUUGACAAGUGAAACAUUUAUUUGUAACUGAGUAAGAAAGUCGUUUCAGUUUUUGUGAAUUUAUGUCUUGUGUGUAGAAGAAAACAUUGUGACGUUAAUUGUUUACUCAGGGUAGUCUGCAGCGUCUACGUGUUCAUCUUAGGCCUGUCGAUGCCCUUGCUAGAUUAAGACUUUUUGCUAUAACCAAGGCAGCUAGCUCUGCUUUGAGUAGCCAUUUAGGCCACAGUGGUAUUUCUUGUUAAUCUUAUUAAAAAUUGUGACCUCAGA